AUAUAAGAGCAGAUGAAGGAGAAGUAGAUCAUUCUGAAGACGGAUCUCAGACUGAGCACAUCAUGAAGAUCUGGAUCACUGUGCUUCUGCUCAUCACACACACUCAGGCUCAGCAGCCCAGUGUGGGACCAACACCUCCACCACUAGCAACAACAAACAUGAGUACAUCCACAGCCAGUGCGAAAACAGAUACGACUGCAGAAACUACUACAACUACUGUAGACACGACUACAGAAACGACUACAACUAUCAGCCCGCACACUGCAAGCGCAACCACAGUCCAACAUGAGAGUUCAACAACUAAUGCAAACACCUUCACCAGCACAGGCACUCCAGACACAAACACUCCAACUAAGUCAGAGCAUCCAACAACCAGUCCAGAAACUCACACUCCAGCAAACACAACAACAACAACAAACACAACAACAACAACAAACACAACAACAACAACAAAGCAGUCUACAGCUUCAUCAUCUGCAUCCACCAACACAAACCCAGCAGAGAAAACCACCAGCACCACCACCUUCAGCACUGAGAGGACCACCUCCUCCAGCGGGUCCCUGAGAGCCUCCAUCAGCUUCAGUGUGGGUGCAUUACUGUUCCUGCUGAAGAGCCUCUGACACACUCAUGGAGAACCACUUUUGCUAUAUUCUAUUACAUGUUUAACUGCUUGUAAUAAAUGAUGCCAUCAGAUUACACUUCAUUAAACAUCACCUUUACACUAUAAACUGCAGAUUAACUAUGUUUCAAUAUAAUAACUCAUGUUGGAUUGUGACUUGUACUUAAUCUGAUUGUAAUGCAAUAAUGUGCACCUUUUGUCAAGCUGCUUUGAGACAAUAAUUAUUGUGAAUAUAUAUAAACCUGAACUGGAAUAGUCAUUAUCUCUGGCUCAGAAAUAGAACAUUUUAAUGUACAGAAAAAGGAUUAAAGUAACUCUCUGUAUUAAUAUGAUAAGAGUCUCACAGCACUACUGUUUGAUGCUUGAAACCACUAUGAAACAUUCACGCUUAAAUCACUGGGAUUAGCUUUGCACAUAACUAUUAAUCAUGUCCAUGUGUCCACUUCUGUUUGAUUAAACAUUAUCAAUGCAUAUGUAGACACAUUUCAUGCAUUUAUUAAAGUAUUGUAUAUAUAAAUUGCCUUCACUGAAACGUGCUUGAUGCAUCAUGUCAGCAUUGAAUAUCUGAAAUCCACCAUUGAUGAUGUAAAGGAAACAUCUGAAAACAAUAAAGAAAAUUCUCUCUUGUA